AUGCUCAGAAACUCAACUAAAAAACUGGUGAUGAGCAAGAAGAACUCAUCAAUUGUGCCCAACUUGGCACUCACUCAGAACUUGACCAAAGAUGUGUGGUCUUUAACCAACGAAGCCGCUACAGCGGCCGCUCAUAACGCUCAAAAUAAAGGCCGCGAUCUUGUGAAUCUAGGUCAAGGCUUUUUCUCGUAUUCUCCUCCGGAUUUCGCUAUCCAAGAAGCUCAGAAAGCUCUCAGUUCGCCUUUGGUGAAUCAGUAUGCUCCCACAAAGGGUCGGGUGUCGCUGCUCAACUCUCUAAUCAAAUUAUACUCGCCGCUGUACAAGACACAGCUACAAGCGGGAAAUGUUCAGGUAACCACUGGUGCCAACGAGGGGAUUCUGUCGUGUUUGGUGGGCCUGCUGAACCCAGGCGACGAAGUCAUCGUAUUUGAGCCUUUCUUCGACCAAUACAUCUCCAAUAUCCAAAUUCCAGGAGGUAAAGUUACAUACGUUCCAUUGCAUCCACCCAAGGAUAUGAGCGAUCGUGUGACACUAGGUACGGAAUGGCGUGUUGAUUACGACGAGCUCCGCUCUGCGGUGACUCCAAAGACUAAGGCCCUGAUCCUGAACACGCCCCACAACCCAGUAGGAAAAGUUUUUACUCGCGAAGAGCUUUUGAAGAUUGGCCAAAUUUGCGUCGAUAACAAUAUAGUAAUCAUUUCCGAUGAAGUGUACGAAAACCUCUAUUUCACUCCCGAGUUUACCAGGAUCGCCACAUUGACACCGGAAUUAGGCCAAAUAACCUUGACGGUAGGGUCCGCCGGCAAAAGUUUCGCAGCAACUGGUUGGAGAGUCGGCUGGGUCGUGUCUCUAAACCCAGACCUGCUAAAAUACGUCGCUAUGGCCCAUACAAGAAUCUGCUUUUCGACGCCUUCGCCGCCACAAGAAGCUUGUGCCAAUUCUAUAGAGACUGCGCUUGGAAACAAUUAUUUCGAAAACAUGCGUCAGGAAUACAUUCGCAAGUUCGAGAUCUUUACAAAGGUAUUUGAUGAGUUAGGUCUUCCAUACACGAAGCCUGAAGGAACCUACUUCGUGCUUGCCGAUUUCUCGAAAGUCAGGAUACCUGAAGACUACCCUUUUCCCGAUGAACUUCGUUCCAAGGGCAAGGACUUUAGAAUCUCUUACUGGCUCAUCAACGAACUCGGUGUAGUAGCUAUUCCACCCACUGAGUUCUACAUCAAGGAGCAUGAAAAGGUUGCUGAGAAUCUGUUAAGAUUUGCAGUGUGCAAGAGUGACGAAUAUUUGGAGUUAGCCGUCGAACGGUUGAGGCUACUGAAAAACUACAUGUAG